AUGGAUGAGAAUAACGACACCACUUCGGUGACUGAACCUGGCGCAACGUCGAACACCGGAUGGUCCGUUGGUGGUAUCGAACACAGCGUGCCGGUCCGUACCGCCUACGCGCUCAUCUGCACGGUAGGGAUUAUCGGUAACGUGAUGGUCUGCAUCGUUCUGACACGAGUCCGAGCGCUUCGCAACAAAACCAGCAACCUCUUGGUUCACCUCUCCGUGGUGGACAUCAUGGUCUGCAUAAUGGCUCUACCCGUUAACCUCUUCCCCACCCCACCACCCAUGCACGGUCCAUACGGCGAUUUCCUCUGCCGGUUCUACGUGAGCAAGUACAUGCAAUGGGUUUGCAUGCAUGCCUCGGAAGGGAGCCUUGUGUUAGUCAACCUCGAGCGCUUCGUAGCUAUUGUCUACCCCCUCAAAUACAAGUCAUACUUCACCUCAAAGAAGAUUGGCAUUAUCAUCUUCUUCAUAUGGGUAGAGGCAUUUGGCUCCCUCUCCUAUUUCUUCGCCGUGUUCUCUUUGGUGCCAGAAACUGGUUGCACAUACCACGGCUGGCCUACCUUCGGGUCGCAGGUCUUCAUGGGGGUGUACCCAUAUCUCAUGCACUAUGUUGGACCACUGGUAGUCAUGUUUGCUGUGCAGUGGAAAAUGAUCUCAUCCUUGAAGAAACAAGUUGAGAAAAUCACCCAGCAGCAUACAGAUGCAGUAGCAGCACGGCGUAAACUAUGGCAGGUCCAGGCGUCCCAGGAACUCCAGCGAACCCUCCUCUUCGUGGUCAUCACUUACGCCGUCUGCUGGGGUCCAAACCAGACCAUGUUCUUCUGCUUCAUGCUGGGCGUCGAUGUCGACUUCACCCAUCCCUACUACCACAUCGGUGUCAUCAUGGGAGUCAUGAAUUCCUGCCUGAAUCCCUUCAUCUACACCGUCAGAAAUAGACCAUUUCGCAACGCCCUUAAAGAGGUUGCGUUCUGUAAAAUUGGAAGGGUCACACCGGUGGUACCAGCCGAUCCCUCUACAAAGUCUGUAGGCCUGCCUACUGUCGGAUAA